UUUAUAGGCUGCUUAGCACACAGCGAUGGUUUAGGUAGAACUGCAAUUUCUCCCGGAAGUUAGCCCAACAGCUAGCUUACACUGGCGAAUUUGCCUGAUGAAAAUUGUUAGCUAGGGUUAGCGAACUAGUUGUUAUCUUUUAGCUAGCUAACGUAUUUACCUAAUAGCAGCUAACUGUUAUCUGGCUAGCUAGCUGAGAUUUAUCAGUGGGUUAAUAAAUAGACGAAUCAGAAUGCCCAAUCUCGAGUCGCGAUGAAAGCAUAACCUUACAAACCCUUUCUAAUCAUAAGAUUUGUGAAAAAAGACUAAGAGGUGAUACUCAAUAUAAGGUCCAUCUGACGACUUUAAAGCAUUUCAAGGCCUCAUCCCUAAGCCACCACCACUGCCAGAAUGGACUGAUAUCAAACAGUACUUGAAAUAUCUGGACCUUGAUGAGCCCAUUAUUGGACUUAGUGCCUUAGUACAAGAGGAAGAUUCUGUCUCAGAUGAUGGGAAAGUCCUACUGAGGUACAGAUGUAGAAUGUGUGCAGUAGAGAUGGACCUCUAUAGCAUGGCCACUCAUGUGGUAGGCCUUAAACAUCGUCAGAAGUACCUGGAACUGAAGAGACCUGACUUGGUGACAUGGCAGAACAAUUCACAGAAACAGCCGGGUCUUGUUGCAAGGGCUAAGGCCGCAGUGGUAGAGAAGCAAGAGGGAUGGGGAACUCCAGUUCCACUUAGCCGACCAAAAGAAGUCAGAAGCCUCAGGAAGGACAAUCAAGGCUAUAGAACAACUGAAAUCUGUUGGUCUGAUACCCAUGAAAUGCCCUAUCCUGGGCAAGAUAGGAGGGAAAAACCUCCACCAGCUGAAGUUGCUUGUAGAUCGUACUUGGAGGAUGACACUCUUGGAAGGCACUCUCGUUAUCGUGAGGAUAACACAUAUGAUGGGUCCUACAGAGCCAACAUCACUCAUCUGCGAUUCCAUCCAGAGGAUGACAGGUGUGAAAUACCAUACUCUAAAAAUGGCAGACAAAGAUCUUACCGAGAUGACUCGCACACUGAAAGUAUUUACCUGAAAGAGGACAAUAAUUUAAGGUCUUACACAGAGGACAGUGGUCGAAGUUAUGUUGACAAGCCUGCUACAAGCUCUAAUUAUGAGUGCUGGGAUGAAUGCUACCGAGAAGUUAGUCCCAACAGACGGCAGUUCACAAGCAGAGACGCGCAAGAAGAUUUCUAUCAUGGCAAUGUUCCAAAAAAACAAUCAACUGACAUUGAUCUACGUGUGAGCGGGGCAGCUCGGCACCCAGUGGAAAUGGACCUGGAUCAGGAGAACGAACAGAUGUACACAUCACAUGAGGGAAGAGGAUCUGGCAUGGAUGAAAUGGAAAGGCCGGACAGAAACCUCCAGUAUGCAGGGAAGGAGUGGGAAAAUUUCCAAACUGUGGAAAGAACAAGGGUGGGAUAUUUUGAGGUACAAACCCAUCCUCAAAGAGCCAGAGACGCUGUGGCAAACUACCCUCAGGAAUCAGUGCCUGCAAAAAGGAAAAGAAAGAGCAGGUUCUCAGAUGCCACGCCUUUAGAAAUGGCACUUGCACAAAAGGGGCAAAUUGAAGACCUGCUUCGGAAAACAAAAAAGAGAGGCGUAAUAAUUCCCACAAACCUCGAGGUAGUCCUGUGGGACACUGUGUCAACAGACAUCCAAAUUGAAAAUGAUGAAGAGGCUAACUUCUUAAAGGAAAAGUUAUGUACUCUUCUGAAAGAGUUCCAAGCAAAUAAAGCCCAACGCACUGAGCAAAAGAACCAGGCCUCUCACAGCACCAGAGACUAUAAUUACAUGAGUGACGCUCGAGUGGAGCAACGCAGAGAAAGGCCAGAAGCAAGACAUUUCGAGGCCCGAGGUCAUCUGGAGCCUGCUAGAUAUCAUGAGUCUGCUAGAGAUUAUCAAGACUCAAGAAGUUGCAAGGAUAAUGCCACUAAUAUGCGGGAGACAUGGCAGUUUGAAGAACACCCCAGAGCUUUUCAAGACCGCAGACACGUUCAGGAUAUCAGGAGAUAUGGAAAAGACACUCUUCCAGAGUUUACAAGACAUGAACGUGAUCCUAGAGAGCAGGACUCAAGACAUUUUGAAGAUGGGGUUUCCAGGCAAGGUUUUGAACACAGUCCCAGAGAUUUUCAACUUGCAGGACAUGUUAAAGAGUCCAGAAGCAUUAAAAACGCAAGGCACACCAGAGGUACUGAAGAAGCUAUAAGUUAUGCAAAAUAUGAAAGAGUUACACUAGAACCAAGACAUCAUAUCACAGAGGGAGUGAGAAGAGCAGCUGAGGAAAGAUAUUGUGGAGGUGAAUUCAGACCAUCUCAGCACAGCUUUGAAUGGGAUCCCAAUAGGGGGGGUUCUGCUGAGCGAUCUGAAGAUGUCAAGUCUUAUCUUCCAGAUAAUGAACGGAGAGGUUACCGAAGAGUGAGUCUUUGGGAUUCCAAGUCACUGAUGGAGGAAGAGAAGGUGCGUGCUGACAGCCAAACAACAAGAGCACGUUAUCAGCGUGGUGGGGACCUCUAUGACCCCUUUCAUCCGUCAUCUUCUCCACCCAAGGAAGUAGCAAACUCCUCCAGUCUCGAGAAGCUUGCCUCCACUCUUCUGGAACUUAUGGCACGCAAUUCAAAUUAAACGGACUCUUGGUGUGUUCAGAAAUAGUGCAUUGCAUAAUUAUACUGCUUUAAUAAUUCCAUAUUUGCAUUUGUUGUGUUUGUUAGCUUAGCAGAGGUUCUCAGUGGAGAUGACAGCUUUGUGUAUUUUUGUUUUAUGCUAAUGCUAGGUGUAAUGAAAUAGUGGUAAUAAACCAUUUUCUUCUGCUGGGUUCUGUACUGAGUUUGGAUUGGCAACUUUUAGGACAAUAUUAGUGUUUAAAUACAUUACUAAAUACAUUGUCCAAAUUCAGAAUACUACAUUUUAUGAUAUUAAGUAUCCUUAAUUUCAGAUAACUGAUCAAAGCAUAAUUGCUACUUACACUUGGGGAAAAGGCAGAAUUACUGACCCCUAGCGGUAAAUAUAUGUAAAUAUUCUCACCAUAACACGUAUUUUGAGCAACGGUUUGUUUGGGGGGGGGGGGGUUUUUGUUUGUUUUGUUUUUUGAUAUUAUUACUAUUUUUUUACUUCAGCAUGUUUAGUAUGUGCAGCAUAUUCUCUAGGUACUAAAAUGAAGAGGUAAAAUAAUCCAAA